UGCAGCAGGAUAAAAUUAGAAGUACUACUGUGACAAAUAGAAGGAGUGGGAAAGAGGGGCGCGGCCGCAACUUUAAAAAAUAGGAGGCGAUAUCUCCUCGUGCCAGUCAAUCGGUCGCGACCAAGUUAAAUAAGUACACGCGUAGACCUCGGGAGACACUCGGGAAUUCAUCAGCUGUGAAAAACUGUGGCGCAGCAAGCAUCUCGAUCCAGAAAAAGUCUACGAAGAAGUCGAAGGGAUCACCAACGUCUAGAUCGUUGCGAAUGCAGAUAUCUAACGUCGCAAGAUGGCAAAACUGUAUCGUUACCUAAGCGUCGUGCUAUUAUCAUGUUCCGCCAUGUCCUCGGAAUUGGCAGCUCAUUACUCUAAACAACACGGAAGAGAUACCACGAAACUACGGUUUAUUAGCAUGUUAUUCAGGCACGGCGAUCGGACAUUGGACUUGGUACAUGGGGAGACGUACCCGAAUGAUCCAUACAAGGAUUUAGAGAACUAUCCAACUGGCGACGGUCAGCUGACUAACGCUGGCAAGAAGAGAUCCUACGAAUUAGGGAAAAUACUGCGAAGAAGAUACAAUGAUUUUCUCGGGGACUAUUAUUACCAACCGAAUAUCUACGCACGUAGCACAGGAUUCGCGAGGGCCAAGAUGACGCUGCAAUUGAUCAUGGCGGGUCUUUAUCCUCCGAAACUUGUUCAAAGGUGGAUGCCGAAUCUGUCUUGGCAACCAGUGGAUUUUGAAUUCUUACCUGCCAACGGUGACGGUUUGCUGGGUUCGCUAGUCUGCCCCACAUACCAAGAGAAGCUGACAGAAAUUAGAAAAACUCCGGAAGUGAUAGAGCAAGCGGCGCAAUUUGAUGACGUGAAAGAAAGAUUGAUUAAGUACACAGGGUUCAAUAUUACCAACGUACUACACUUCUUUACUAUAUAUCAUACAUUGUAUACGCAGCAUUAUUUGAAUUUAUCCUUACCAGAGUGGACACAAAAUUUCUUUCCAAAUGGCAGCUUGUUAGAUGCGACAAUUUUCGUUUAUAAUUUACUCAGCUACAACGAAGAACUCACUAAACUCAAUGGAGGCGUCUUGUUAUACAAAAUAAUUCAAGACAUGAACGGAGUGAUCAAUGGAACUUUAGCAGAGAGAAAGCUCGAUCUCUUCGCCGCACACGACAUAAAUGUGAUAGCCCUGCUUCAAGCUCUAGGCAUAUACGAUAACACUUUUCCGCAUUUUUCAAGCGGCAUUAUCAUAGAAUUGCACGAAAAGAACAAGAAGUAUUUUGUUCGGGUAUUACAUCAUCUUGGCAUUCCGGCUGAAAUGAAAGAAGUGAAAAUUCCAGGCUGCGACGUGUUAUGCCCGUACGAACAAUUCGUCAAAUUGAGAUCAUCGGUAACUGCAGAGGGCCAAAUCGAUAAGUUAUGUCCGCUAGAGUCUAAUAAUAAUAUUAUUCUUGAUGUUAACUAUUUUCUCCAUAUUCAAAAUUACGCGUGCUAUUUUAUUUUACUGAUAUUUUUUUCCAAUGUACUCGCAAACCAAGAAACUGGGUUUAACUCUAAAUACAACGAAGCAGGAGGUUAUGGAAGAAAAACGAAAUUACGAUUCGUCAGCUUGGUAUUCCGACACGCCGAACGGACAUUAGAUAUGAGAUUCAAGGAAUCAUAUCCAAAUGACCCAUACAAGAAUAUGGAUAACUAUCCACAGGAUGACGGUCAACUGAUUAACGCUGGCAAGAAGAGAUCCUACGAAUUAGGGAAAAUACUGCGAAGAAGAUAUAAUAAUCUUCUCGGGGAGUAUUAUUACCAACCAAAUAUCUACGCACGUAGCACGUCACUCUCGAGGAGUAAGAUGACACUGCAAUUGAUCAUGGCGGGUCUUUAUCCUCCGGCAUAUCGUCAAAAAUGGCACCCAAGUCUGCAUUGGCAACCGAUAAAUUUUCUAUACACAUUCAUCUACAAUGAUGGUCUACUGGGAUCGUUCUUAUGUCCUACAUAUCGACGAAAGCUGGCAGAAGUCGAAAAAAGUCCGGAAGUGAUAGAGCAACUGAAACAAUUUGACGAUUUGAGUAAAAAGUUGACAAAUUAUACAGGAAAAAAUAUUAGCAGCCCGAGGGACUACUUUACUUUGUAUCACACUUUUGCUACGCAGCAGGCAUUGGGCUUACCUUUACCAGGGUGGACGCAAAAUAUAUUUCCGUUCGGCGCCCUGUAUAAUGCGACUAUUUUCGCUUAUAAUGUGUUCAGCUACAACAAAGAGCUCAUUAGACUUAAUGGAGGUCCAUUAUUAUAUAGAAUAAUCAGAGACAUGAGUGAAGUGAUUAAUGAGAUGUUAAGAGAGAGAAAGUUCAAUCUCUUUGCCGUGCACGACAUAAACUUGGUAGCUCUGCUUCAAGCUCUAGGCGUAUAUGACAACACUUUCCCGCAAUUUUCAAGCGGCGUUAUCAUAGAAUUGCACGAAAAGGGGAAUAAAUAUUUUAUCAAAAUAUUACAACAUUUAGGUGAUCCAGUUGAAACAGUAGAAGUGAACAUCCCAGGCUGCAGUGUGUUAUGCCCAUUCGACGAAUUUGUCAGGUUGAGAUUACCGUUUACUACAAAUAACCAAGUGGAUCCGUCAUGUCCGCUAGAGUCUGAUAUUAUUACUAAUACAUAAUAUAAUAAAUUUUAACGUAAUAUCGACUUUCUGAAGUCUAUAUCCAAAUAAAAACCUUUUUAGAAUUAGUAACUUAUUAUUCUCGAUAUCAUGGAAAUGUGCAAGAUUUAUUUU